AUGGAAGUACUCAGCAGUGAAGCAUCGACUCCCUUCUACUCCACGUCCGAUACCCCAGCUACACAACCCGACGACGACGUUGGACCACUCGCCCGCGCCCUCAGCCUGUCACCCAAGGGGCUGACACCUCAGAGGUGGUUUGUCGAACUGGCCCUUCACGAAAUCGGACUGAGCCCUCACCCACACAUCUUUUACCUCAACCCCAACGGGAUCAGCGACAACCAUGGGGCCGUCAACAUGGCCUGCUCAAUUUGCUUCAAGCAGUACACCAUCGUGACCACAACAGGACAGGGGUACUGCCCAGGUCAACUCCACCAUUUCCACUCCCAAUUCGAACCAGACUCGGUGGCUGCAAAGUGCUGCCACUGUGGUACGUCUGUCGAUGCCUUCCUUGAGCAAUCCACAAUCCCCCAGAGUCUGAUCUACAGAAUCCGGACGAACCGACGACCCAAGGUCAAUAACCCGGACCACCCUCACUUCCACGACACUCUCGGUGUUCUUAUACGGAUCCUCGAGAAUGCGACGAAGCCCGACUGUGGUAGUGUGAACAUGGGCUCGAACAUGUUCAAUGCUAAAGUCCUUCUGGACGACUCCAGUAAGAAGUUCUUUGAGAGGACCAAGUUUUCUCUCGUCGACGGUCGUCUCCAGCCUCCAGAGUAUACCCCGGACAACAUCCAAUUCUUGAACCGUUGUCUGUUCCAACUGCAGCUGGUGCUGCUUCAGGAAAACCCAUCUGAAGUCAAAGGGCUGAUACCUGCACAUACACUUCUACUGGAGAGGCUCGGAGCCGCCAAAUACGCGCUAGAAAAGGGCGAGAAGAACAUCAACCUAUCGGAGAAGGCAUCGCUUCUGCAAGAACGCGACUCUUACUACGGGAAACUUGGUUGUGUCAGCGACAUGACCGACGAUCUCAUCAUCGAGGCGUUCAGGACACAAAUCGCACACGACGUUUCAGCAUCUCACCCUCUUGUCGACGCCCUUUCAGAGAUUCAAAAAAAGCGAAGGAGCGAGAAGCUGGAGAUCGAGAUCAUCUGCCAAAAGUCUGAAGGCAUCGUCACCACAGCGGAGCUCAGGAACGCAUAUCGACAUUUCGAGAUCCCGGACAAUGGCGAGGGUAUCAGCACGGAAAUAUUGUUGGGCUUGAUUAGAGGGUCGCUAAAGUCGGGAUCCAAGGAGAAUCUCAGGAUCAUCGCCAAGGCUCGCAGCGACCCGGAACUUGACCAAUUGCUCGAGCAACCAGAAGAUGAUAUCCCCUUGGACGACCCCAUCUUGGACUUGUACUAUGCAUCCAACCCAGUCGGCCUCUCCAACAUUGGAAACACCUGCUACCUCAACUCUCUACUCCAGUACAUGUAUACCAUCAAGGACAUUCGCGAGACUGUGCUCAACAUGGACGCGUAUAUUGAAAACGAGCAUGAGGAAUACUGGAAGGAAAAGGUCAUUGACGGAAGGACCUUGACUAAAAAAGACGUCGCCGAAGCCAAAGAGAUUGUUGUGGAGUUGAACAAGCUGUUCAAUCUCAUGCAGUCUGCCAAGGCAAGAUCUGUGACUCCUUCCAACAGGCUUGUGGAAUUGCUCCUUUCGACGGGCGGUGUGGAAAAUGCAGCAGACAGUACCUUAAAGAAUGCCGACCAAUUUUUUCAGCAACAGGACGUGUCUGAAACCAUGGGCAUUUUGAUGUAUCGUCUCUCGACCGCCUUCCAGCCUAUUGUGUCCGAACCAGGGGCCAAACCUAUCGACCGCUUCAGCAAACAUUUCUACGUCAAGGCAAACAAGACGAAGGUUGAGGAGGGAAAGAAGCGACUGAUCCAGGAGGAUUUCAGCACGAUGAUUUUGAAUGUCAAGGACGACACGUCUUUAGAAGAGCUCAUGGACGACUAUUUUGACGCUGAAGAACCCGAGUUAUCUUUGCCAACCUCGGCAGCUGUAGCUACCGGAGAAGAAGGGAGCAAGGAUGCAAACGAGGCAAAGGACGCAAAGGAUGCAAAGAUGAUCGACAUCACAGUAACAGAGCUACCCCCGGUCCUUCAAAUCCACCUGCUCAGGACGCAGUUUGACAUAAAUGACAAAACUUCGUACAAGACACACGCCACAGUUACACUCCCGAAGCGGAUUUAUCUGGACCAGUACCUCGAAUCGAAUCAAGAGGAACAGGCCGCACGGUUUAAGCGGAUGAAACUGUGGAAGAAGGAGCGGCGUGUUUGUCGCAAAAUGCUUGAUUUCAAAAAGCGGCCUCUCUACCGUCAUGGAAGUCCUCCUCUGAGUGGGUGCGCUGAACCCAAUAGUUCACCUCAGGCUGAUGCCACCGCACCGCCACCCGACGAACUGAGCCCCAAUUCUACUUCUCCUGAAGCUGAUCCACGUCUUGAAGAUCUUGAGAGGAUCGCAGAGUUGACCGAAACGCUCAAGAAAGAGAUGAUCGACUUAAAUGACGCCGAGUAUAAGAUCCAUGCCGUGUUCCACCACCAAGGUGGGACCAACUUUGGGCAUUACUGGGUCUACAUUUACGACGAUAAGGCCGAGGUGCCUCGCUGGCUCAAGUACAGCGACGACACUGUCUCUGAAGUGGGAGUGGUAACGUCUCAUUCCCAAUGCUAA